UGCCGCGAAGUUGUCGUUAGCAAAGCAGCUCAUGUGUGGCAGUUGCAACCGAAUAAUUGGCUUCACAGCAGUUGAAAUUCGUAGUGAAAAGUGAACUCCUCAAUGGACAGGACUCCACCGAGAGCCACAAAAGAAUUCAAGUGCAAUUAAAAGGAAUUAAAGACCAAACGCAGAGGAAAACCAAAGGAAAAGGAGCUGAAAGCCUAAAACUUUUUUGAGUAAAAGCCGAAGUUGGAGCGCUGGAACUGCCAAUGAAAAGACUGAACCGAACUGAAGACAUCAACGUCGAACAUCAAGCAUCAACCAAGGACCAAAGCCAGGAAAUGUUUUAGGAGCAACAGCAGGCUGCAGCAUUGCGAUAAGAGAGAGCCAGAAAUAAACUCCCAUUAUAAACAUAAAAACACACAGGACAGCACCAGACCAAGUCGCAAUGUUUCUGCCCGUGAAAUCAAAUCACUCUGGUGGCGAGGCGAGUGGCAACAAUGAGGAUGUCACCACCACCAGCAAUAACUCUACACAGACGCCCAGCGAUUUGAGCCCACCGGGACCCAACGAGGAGGUUCUGCCCCAGGCCCAUCAUCAGAAUCCAGGCCACUGCAUUGCCUCCUUUGCAGCCAUUAACCAGAUGAGGAAUAAUGCUCAGCUCUGCGAUGUUCGCCUGGAGGUGGGCGGCGACACCAUCAAUGCUCAUCGUGUGGUCCUGGCCUCCGUGUCGCCCUAUUUCUAUGCAAUGUUCAAUGAUGACAUGCUGGAGCGCACACAGGGCCUGGUCCGGCUCCAUGACGUGGAUAGCUCUGCUCUGCGGCAACUGAUCGAUUACACAUACACUGGUGAGAUCACAAUCACGGAGCAGAAUGUCCAGGUCCUGCUCCCUGCCUCCGGCCUGCUGCAGAUGCACUCUGUGCGGGAUGCCUGCUGCAAGUUCCUGCUCCGUCAGCUGCAUCCCUCCAACUGCCUGGGCAUUCGCAGCUUUGCAGAUGCACACUCCUGCAAGGAACUGCACACAAGAAGCCACAAGUAUGCUCUGCAGAACUUCCAGCAGGUGGUGGGCACCGAGGAGUUCCUCCUGCUGCCCUUUGAGGAGGUCAGAGAGCUGAUAUCCAACAGCCAGCUGAACAUCAGCUCUGAAGAGCGUGUCUUUGGGGCCGUCAUUAACUGGGUGAAGCAUGAUUUGCCCUCGAGGAGACUUCACAUUGCCGAGCUCAUGUCCAAUGUGAGGCUUCCUCUGGUGAGCCGGGAUUUCCUUAUGAGCUGCGUGGAAACGGAGACUUUGAUGCGAGAUGACUCCGAGUGCAAGGAGCUGCUGCUGGAGGCCAUGAAGUACCACCUGCUGCCGGAGCAGCGCAGCUUAAUGGGUAGCCAACGAACCCAAGAGCGUCGUCCCGAGGGCAUGAAGCCAUAUGUGUUCGCCGUGGGCGGUGGCAGUCUCUUUGCCAUCCACAACGAGUGCGAGGUCUACAACCCACGCACCAACUGCUGGAGUCCCGUGGCUCCCAUGCUCUGGCGACGCUCUCGUUCUGGAGUCACGGCCCUGCACAAGCAACUCUAUGUUGUUGGAGGCUAUGAUGGCGUCAGUGAUCUGGCCACGGCGGAGAGCUACAAUCCGCUGACGAACAAGUGGAGCAACAUCACCCCGAUGGGCACCAAGCGCAGCUGUUUGGGCAUUUGCUCCUACGAUGCUUUGAUCUAUGUGUGUGGUGGCUACGAUGGCGCCUCUUGUUUGAGUAGCAUGGAGAGAUAUGAUCCGCUUACUGGGAUUUGGAGCUCUUGCCCGGCAAUGAGUACAAGGAGAAGGUACUGUCGUUUGGCUGUGUUGGAGAACUGCAUCUACAGCCUGGGUGGGUUCGAUUCCACCAACUAUCAGUCGAGUGUGGAGCGCUUUGAUCCUCGAGUGGGUCGCUGGCAGCCAGUGCCCAGCAUGUCGGCCAGGAGGAGCAGCUGUGGUGUUGCCUCCACGGAUGGGCAUCUGUACUGCAUUGGCGGCAAUGAUGGAACCAUGUGCAUGUCUAGUGGAGAGAGGUUUAACCUGCGCAGGAACAGCUGGGAACCCAUCACAGCCAUGCAUUCAAGGAGAUCCACCCACGAAGUGGUCGAGGUAGAGGGCGCCCUGUUCGCCCUGGGCGGCAACGAUGGCAGCUCCUCGCUCAACUCUGUGGAACGCUACGAUCCCCGCCUGAACAAGUGGAGCGUGGUCAAUGCCAUGGUGGCCCGGCGCAGCUCUGUGGGAGCUGCCGUGCUGGAGUGCUUCCACCUUGAGCGCGGACUGGUCCAGACGACGAACUUAUGACCCUUGGCCAGCAUAACCGAGUCCUUCGCCGCAGCUGCAGCGAGCGGCGCUAGCAAUGGCUCAGCAGGAGCUGGAACAGUAGUUUUGCCGCCUUCAACAGGAGUGGGUGGAACCCUGACAGUGCCCAGUCGAGCAGAGGCAGCUGCCUUCACGGCCAAUAUAGCUUUGAGUAGCUCGGCGCCCUCGGCUAGCUCCACCUUGCGUCGUCAUCGCAGGGACACGCCAGGCUUAGCCGAGAGCCGCCGGGCCAAUAGCAAUGCCAGCAGCAGUGGCAGCGAGAGCGGCAGCAGCAGUGGAGCAUCCGCUGGAGGAGGCGGAGGAGUUAAGCCACCGGCGACGGCCUGAUCCUGGUCCAUGUCGCGUCGCUUCUAAGCAACCUUACAAAGAUAACACUUAAAAAUACAAAAAAGCUAACCCCACGCGCCUAAUGCAGGAAUUUGAUUGUUCGAGUUCGUUAUGGAAUAGAUAUAGGAAUAUUAAUAUAGUUAUACGACGGAGAGGAAGCACACACUCGUGUCUCUAGUCAGGAUCUCGCUCUCUCACGCCACACCACGUACACACCCGACAU